AUGGUUGGGCACACAUCAUUGCGAUCACAAAAAGCGCUCCUCACGCGUUAUUGUAAUAACCUGAAUGGGUUCGUUGAAGAGUGCAAAUGCCUGGAUAUCUUAAGUCCUUCUACUUUACGGGAUUCGGAGGCUUUGCUGAAAAUCGAGUCGUCAAUGUUUCAACUGAGGGCCACUGCAAAACAAGUGGAGGAUGCGCUGUCAACUUUCACAGCAUCGAUUGAUGCACUGGUAGAACCCCUCUCGGAAGAACAAGAGGUCCAAACGCAGGAAUACGUGGAAAAGACGCACGAAGCGCUGGAAAGAGCGCAAGCACUAGCCAUCAAAAUAGAGGGCAAUUUAAUCAGUGCGCAGAACCGUAUACAAAUGGACUGGCGUAACACUGAUUACGGAACCUCCACGAUGGAACGCCUUGAGGCCACCAGGCCAAAGCUUCCCACCGUACCAGUUCCGACCUUUUCAGGAAGGCUGGUAGAGUUUGAGAAUUUUUGGGCGCUCUUCGACGCCAACAUUCACAGUCAACCCCUCUCCCCACUCCUCAAAUUCAACUAUCUCAUCAAGGCGCUGCGGGGUGAAGCGCAAGAGUGCGUCCGAAGGUUCACUGUCACCGCUGACAACUACACGCACGCGAUCAACUUCCUUCACGCCAAGUAUGGGGACAAAUCAAGGCUAAUAGACCAUUUACAAACGCGCUUGGAGAAAGCACGCGCAGAAAAGCCAACCCUCGAAGGACAGCGAAGCUCCUCGAGUACAUCUGGCCUACUGUGA